AGAAGUUGUGAUCCAACUACCCACCAAUAAGACCACCACACGAUCACAUAGAGAGAAAGAGAGAGAGAAAGAGACCAUCCUUCUAUAUUAGUGGUCUUCUAACCACUCCUCUCCCUUUACCACCAUUUAUUAGCUUCUUUCCCCCACUCACUCGACUCGGGUCGUCACCAGAUCUUUCGAAAAUGGCAACGGGACAGCUUUUUUCUCGGACAACGCAAGCUUUGUUCUACAACUACAAGCAGCUUCCUGUCCAACGGAUGCUCGACUUCGACUUCCUCUGUGGACGUGAAACGCCUUCUGUUGCUGGGAUCAUCAACCCUGGCUCUGAAGGGUUUCAGAAGCUCUUCUUCGGACAGGAGGAGAUAGCUAUCCCCGUUCACGCCGGUAUUGAGGCAGCUUGUGCUGCGCAUCCAACUGCAGAUGUAUUCAUCAACUUUGCGUCUUUCAGGAGUGCUGCUGCGUCAUCCAUGGCUGCUUUGAAGCAGCCAACUAUUAAAGUUGUGGCGAUUAUAGCAGAAGGUGUUCCGGAGUCAGACACCAAGCAGCUGAUUGCUUAUGCUCGUGCAAACAACAAGGUUGUUAUUGGACCGGCUACUGUUGGAGGUAUUCAAGCUGGUGCCUUUAAGAUUGGUGACACUGCAGGAACUAUUGAUAACAUUAUCCAGUGCAAGCUUUACAGACCUGGAUCUGUUGGCUUUGUCUCCAAAUCUGGUGGAAUGUCUAAUGAAAUGUACAAUACUGUUGCUCGUGUGACUGAUGGGAUCUAUGAAGGUAUUGCUAUUGGUGGAGACGUGUUCCCAGGAUCCACUUUGUCUGACCAUAUCCUAAGGUUUAACAACAUCCCACAGAUAAAAAUGAUGGUUGUACUUGGAGAGCUUGGAGGAAGAGAUGAGUACUCUCUUGUUGAGGCUUUGAAACAGGGGAAAGUGAAUAAACCUGUCGUUGCUUGGGUCAGUGGGACUUGUGCACGGCUCUUCAAGUCUGAAGUACAGUUCGGUCACGCAGGUGCCAAAAGUGGUGGGGAGAUGGAGUCUGCACAAGCCAAGAACCAAGCUCUCAUGGAUGCUGGAGCCAUUGUUCCAACUUCAUUUGAAGCUCUCGAAUCUGCAAUCAAAGAGACUUUUGAGAAACUGGUUGAAGAAGGAAAGGUCUCUCCUAUAAAGGAAGUCACUCCUCCACAGAUCCCUGAGGAUCUCAGCUCUGCAAUCAAGAGUGGGAAAGUCAGGGCUCCUACUCACAUCAUCUCCACCAUUUCUGAUGACAGAGGGGAGGAACCAUGCUAUGCUGGUGUUCCAAUGUCUUCAAUCAUCGAACAAGGCUUAGGAGUGGGCGAUGUCAUUUCCCUUCUAUGGUUCAAGCGUAGUCUUCCACGCUACUGUACAAAGUUCAUUGAGAUAUGCAUAAUGCUGUGUGCUGAUCAUGGUCCUUGCGUCUCGGGCGCUCACAACACCAUUGUGACAGCAAGAGCAGGCAAAGACCUUGUCUCAAGUCUUGUCUCUGGUUUAUUAACCAUUGGCCCUAGAUUUGGUGGUGCCAUUGAUGAUGCUGCUAGAUACUUCAAGGACGCUUGUGACAGGAAUCUCACACCUUAUGAGUUCGUUGAGGGGAUGAAGAAGAAGGGAAUCAGAGUCCCUGGGAUCGGACACAGGAUCAAGAGCAGAGACAACAGAGACAAGAGAGUGGAGCUGCUUCAGAAAUUUGCUAGGUCUAACUUCCCAUCAGUGAAGUACAUGGAGUACGCAGUAACAGUGGAAAGCUACACGCUCUCAAAGGCGAACAACCUCGUCCUCAACGUUGAUGGAGCCAUUGGAUCUCUCUUCUUGGACCUUCUAGCUGGAAGUGGGAUGUUUACUAAGCAAGAGAUCGAUGAGAUUGUUCAGAUCGGUUAUCUCAACGGUCUCUUUGUUCUUGCUCGCUCUAUCGGUUUGAUUGGACACACCUUUGAUCAGAAGAGGUUGAAGCAGCCGUUGUACCGUCACCCAUGGGAAGAUGUGUUGUACACCAAGUGAAACACAUCUCAGCUUUGUUCUUUUGUUGUUAAUUCCAAAUAAUUAGCUUUUACAUUCUUCUAUGAGAGAUGUUACCAAAAAUGCAUAUCUAUGCUCUUCUGUUUCUUUUGUUGUGAUGUUAUGUUUAUUUUUAUUUUGUUUUCCAUUUAUCUGAACUUUUAUCAAUUGUUCUUCUUACU